CAUAAUUCGGGCGAGUCCGUUAUGAGUUGCGCAGAGCUGAGCUUCGCCGGCAUCCCAUGUCGUCACCGUGCCCCACACACGUUAGGGGGCAACAUGUGGCUUUGUUUGUUCGCUUGCCCCUGUAUAUAUACAGCACUAGCAGACCUCUCCACUCCCACCACCUCCCCUAGCUACCAGCCUCUCAAAGCAAGCUGCCAACAAGACCUACUAGCUAGCUGCCUAGCUAGCUAAGCCUGACUGCUACUCAGCAACCACCUGGGCUGGGAGUCGAGCUCGCUAGCUAGCUCCAUCUCCUCCGAUCCUUUCCGUCCCUGAUCCGCUCGAUCGGGCCCUCGGAGGUUGAUCGACGACCAGCAAUCGAUCCAGCCACCGAUCAACGCAUGGCGAAGGUCCACCCCAACGUGCUGCCGUCGCCGGCUGAGAGAGCCGCCGCCGGCGCCGCAGCGGCGGGCGGCGUGGAGGAGGAGGAGGCGACGUCGCUGACGGUGUGGCGCAAGUCGCUGCUGUUCAACUGCAGGGGGUACACGGUGUUCGACGCCAGGGGCGACCUCGCCUUCCGCGUCGACAGCUACGACGACGAGGCCGAGGUCGUGCUCAUGGACCCCGACGGCCGCCCGGCCUUCACCGUGCGCCGCAAGCGCCUCAGCCUGUCCGGCGAGCACUGGCUCAUCUACGCGGGCGAGGAGACGCGGCGGCCCGUCUACGCCGUCAAGCGCGGCGGCGGCGGCAAGUCCAUGGCGCGCGUGACGCCGUGCGCCGGGGCCAGGGCCGGGGCCGGGGCUUCAUCGUACGAGGUGGAGGGUUCCUACGCGCGCCGCCGCUGCGUGGUGUACGACGCCGAGCGCCGCGCCGUCGCGGAGGUACAGCCCAAGGAGGCGGUCGUCGGCACGGACGUGUUCCGCCUGGUGGUGCAGCCGGGGGUCGACGUGUCGCUCGCCAUGGCCGUGGUGGUGGCGCUCGACCAGUUGUUUGGGAGGCCGUCGCUCCUCAGGAGCUGGUCCUCGUCAUAGAUUCAUGUAUGGUUUCUUUGUUCAAAUUCAAUCUAGAUAGAUUUUUGCCCCUGGACUUGGGGGUUGUGAAUGAAUUAUCAUUAGAUGCUGAUAAUUCGAUCUGCCUGGCAUCGUGGGCAUGAGAGCAAUUUCUGUUCUUGCGUGCUUGCCCCUAAAACACCCUGGUCGGGCCAAUUGAGAUUUUUUUUAUCAUUAUUAUUCUCUCCCCCUCUGAGUGCGUCAAAUGAAAUCCCUCUCGAUUCUCUUUGGUUGGCACAGAUCCAACAAAAGCCAUGAAUCCUGUAAAGACUAAAGAGGGAUGAUGGAGAUGUAUGUAAAUACCUCGAGAAACAAAGGAAAAAAAAAAGACUACCAGAUAAUUUGUUUUUUAUAUAUACUACUGCCAUCCGAUUUCUGAAGGUGAAA